GUGGCUAAGAAGACAUUUGUUAGCAAUUAGGGCUGGAGGGAGGGAGCAGCACAUAGUCUGGCCCAGCUCCAGAGCCUCCUUCCUCGCAGCCCCCAGCCACCCACCCCCGGCCCCGGACUGGGGCAGCCAUGGGAGGGAAGUCCUGGGCAGAAGGCGGCCGGCACAGAGAGAGCCCACUCGGCUUGUUUUGAAAUCGCAAGGAAGUUUGUCUGGGCCGCGGCCCCAGAGGCCAGCAGCGUGCGGGCUGCGCACUGAGCGCCAGCCGGGGACGAGAGAGCCGCCAGGGAUGCUGGGGAGUGGAGAGGAGCCUGCCGCCGCCGCCGCCGUGGGGCUAAGAAGGGACGCGGCGGGGGAUUCCUCUGCAAGAGGAGAAUGAAAGAAGAGGACUUUGCUGGAGAAGACGACGAGAUGCCAUCCUUCAGAUACAGGCCAAAUGGCCGGACGAGGACCAACUGCAGCCGGUGUGAGAAGACCUUGACCCUCCAGACGUUGGUGAAAGUGCUGUACGUCUUUGUCAUCCUGCUGAUCAUUGCGGUGGUGGUGCUGGCAGCGUUGGUCUUUAAGAAGGUGGAUUCUAUAGCUGAUGAUGUGAGCUCAGCUCAGACCCACUAUGAGAAGAAGAUUAUUUCAGUCCAGGAGAACCUGCAAGAGCUGGAUCAGAAGUCCCUGGGCAACUGCUCCUUCUGCCACGACACAGGCCAGCUGGGGCAGGAGAUCAGCAAACUGCAGGAGGAGCUGGAGGAAAUCCAGAAGAAGCUCUUGGCCCAGGAGGUGUUACUGGAUCAGGCUGGACAGACCCACCAGCAGCUCUCCUCUACCAGCAACAAGAUCACCGGGGAAGUGGACAGUUGCUUUUCUACCAUUCAGCAGGUCAACCAGAGUCUGGGUCUCUUCCUGGCCCAGGUAAGGGGCUGGCAAGCGGCCUCUUCUGAGCUGGGCAACUCCCUGAAGGAGCUGUCACAGGACCACUUUGACGUCGAGGCUACUGUGCAGCAGAUGAACUUCACUGUUGGGCAGACCUCAGACUGGGUCCACGUCAUCCAGAGGAAGACGAACGAGGAGACGCUGACGCUUCAGAAGAUCGUAAAAGAGUGGCAGAACUACACCCGUCUCUUUGGCACCUUGCGAGCAACGUCCUCCAAAACUGGUGAGCUGGUCAAGAGCAUCCAGACCAGCUUGGGCAUCGCCUCGCAAAGGAUCAGCCAGAACUCAGAGGGCAUGCACGACCUCGUCCUUCAAGUGAUGGGUUUGCAGCUGCAGCUGGAUAACAUCUCUUCCUUCCUGGAUGACCAUGAGGAGAACAUGCAUGACCUCCAGUACCACGCCCGCUACACACAGAACCGGACGGUUGAGCGCUUUGAGACCUUGGAAGGCCGCAUGGCCACGCAUGAGAUCGAGAUCAACACCAUCUUCACCAACAUCAAUGCCACCGACAGCCACGUCCACAGCAUGCUCAAGUACCUGGAUGACGUGCGGCUGUCAUGCACGCUGGGCUUCCACACACACGCUGAGGAGCUCUACUACAUAAACAAAUCGGUCAGCCUCAUGUUGAGCACCACGGACCUCUUGCGGGAACGCUUUAGCUUGCUCAGUGCCCGCCUGGACUUUGACAUCCGCAACCUCUCCAUGGUCAUGGAAGAGAUGAAGACGGUCGACACACGGCACGGGGAAGUCCUCCGGAAUGUCACCAUCUUACGAGGUGUUCCUGGCCCUCCAGGCCCCAGAGGAUUCCGAGGAGACCUUGGCGGCAAGGGCCCCCCUGGAAGCAGAGGACAGAAAGGGGACACUGGGGGUCUGGGGCCCCCUGGCCCUCCCGGAGCCCAAGGCCCUCCGGGCGCCCCAGGCCCUCCCGGCGAGAGAGGCUCCGUGGGCACAAAAGGCCUUCCUGGAUUCAAAGGAGCCAAGGGCAGCUUUGGACAAGCUGGAGCCAAAGGACAGGCUGGCCCCAAGGGGGAUGUGGGGACGCAGGGGCCUGAGGGGCCCCCAGGGCCAGUUGGACCUCCUGGGCCCCAGGGGAAGCCAGGCAUCCCAGGCAAAGCAGGGGCGCCAGGCUCAAUCGGGACAACGGGACCCAAGGGGGAUCCUGGGAUCCGGGGCCGGCCAGGGUUGCCAGGGCCCCCGGGACCCCCAGGAAUAUAAGCUGCGCCUCUUUGCCUCACCAAAGGGAUGGCGCUGACUGUGUCAGGGGCAGGCGGCUGAACAGGACAGAGAGCUGCCCCCCGCCGAAGAGCAGUGCUGCCUCCCCCGACGCCUGUCCUCGUGUCUUCUGCACUGCCCGGAGGGCCCGUCUCCAGCAGCGGCAGAAAUUGCUCCGCACCGCCCAGUGUCCUGCUCUGGGGAAGCUUCAGAGACAAAGAGUUUCAGUGGCUGUCUCCACGCCCCCCACCCCCCCACCUUGUUUCCAGCACCUUCUUCGUCAUACCCCCUGCCCCCCAGCCUUGCAAGACAGCCCAGAAUCAAUACCAGCUCCGCUGCAGGCUGCAGGUACUGCCUUACGAGGAGGAGCCCUUUGCUCCAGACGCCAUCGUGGAGGGAAAGCGGGGCAAAGAUGCUUUAGCAGGAGAACAACGUUUUCAUGCAACACAUUUUGGGGUGUGUGUGUGUGUGUGUGUGUGUGUGUGGAGUUGCCACCUUUUUUCUGGUCCAUGUCCCUAUGCCUUUAGCAGAAGCCUGGCACACACUGCUUUAGCCCCACGGGCCUCCAUGGCUGCUGAAACGUCACCUGCUCCUCUUCUGUAAGCCAGGUUGUUGGUCAAGGUGCAGAAACAGAAAUGUCAGCCACGCUAGCAAGACCAGGCCCACACGCUGCUUCCUUCCGGUUCCUCUCUUUGUUCCCCUGGGAGCAGGCAACGUAAAAUAGGGGGUGGUUUGGGAGGACCCAGAAGAACAGGGGCCGAGAACUGGCUUGGCCUGCUGGUGCAGCCCCUGGCAUCUUCUCCGGCUCAAAGCAGCGUGUGGGCCAGCAGGGCUGGGGAGAGUCUCUCUCUGCCUGAGGAAACCUCCUCCUUGGGGGGGGGGCAGCUUACAGUCAGAGGACACAGUGGUGGGCCCAGUGGAACCAUUGUCUGAGAGCAGCCCUCUUCAGACACGGCUCUGCUGUGUGUGUGCAGUCAGGUCUCUCUGUACAGAUGUACAUCGUGUGUGUGUGUGUGUGAAGGGCUGUGCAUGCCUUCCAUUCAAAAGUGAACCUGGGUGCAGGAUACAGAUGGGAAGUGUCGUGCUGUGCGCAUGUUGAACAUCCCAUGUGAGGAGCAAUACCUGCGUACAGAUCUGAGCAUGCCUACAUUGUGCACAGACACGGUAUGUGUGUUGAACAUCACAUGUGAGUAAAUCACAUGUCUGUGCGCCUGCAUCUUAGGCAGACAGAUUGGUCAGACGUGUUUGGAGACAGCAGGAGUUGCCGUGACAGAAACCGGUGUGUGAUCACCAAGAGGGGCCACGGCGCCGGGGAAGAGGACCUGCCGAAGAGACCGGGUUCCACCAUUUCCAGCUGAGCAUCUUUUCCUUCUUUCGGGGCUGGAAAAGCUUCCUCUCUGCUGGAAGGCAGGAAGGAAUUCUCUCACAACCCUCGGAUGCUGCUGCUGCUUCUGUUGUGCUCUCCUCCCUGAGCAGACGGGCGUCCCAGGGAUUUCCAGUGCGCCUUGGAGUCUGAGUUCUCUGGGAAGGGCAGUCCUGCAGACUGGUGGCGUCUUUGUAAUAUCUGGUUUAUUUACACAAAUUCACAGGCUGGGUGAAGCUGGGAGAGCUGAGCAACAGUUUACACCAGAGAAGCCAACUCGGCCUUCUAAGAGGCCCUUUCUGUCUGCUUGGCUCAAGCAUUGACUGGGCCAGGGGGGCCAUCCUGAGGCUCUCCAGCAGUUAGAUGGGGGCCCGGGGUUGAUGGGGAUUGUAGUCCAUCAACUGCCAGAGAGCCUUUGGUCGGCCACCCUGAUCUAGGCGCUUAAAAUCCUCUCCAAGUCUAGGCCGAGCCCUGCUCAACACUGUCUGCAGACCAGGGUGCCCUGUCACAGGCUUCCCAGAAGUGCUUGACUACAACUCCCAUAAUCCCCAGCUGCAAUGGCCUUUGCAGCUGGGGAUUGUGGGAGUUGUAGUCAACCACAGCUUGGAAUCCCUGCUGUAGGGAACCCUGGUCUGCAGUUUCUUUCACUGAUUUACUUGGUGGCCAGGAAGGCAAUGAAAUAACCGGACACCUUCCCUUGAGCCUCUGCAGGGACGCAAGAGAAAUGUGAAGCUCAGAAGCUGCCUUUGAAGCCGGUGGCCGCAGCAGCUGUUCACAGAGCCAUUAAGAAGUCACUUCGGGGUCAUUGAACGGUCACCCGGGACUAUUAACGUGAUUCUGCUGAACCCAAGGAGAUGGUCAAGGCUCCAUUCUGGAGCCAUGCUUGGUGAGAAGGACCAAUGGUGGGCCUUGGUGUGAGGCAGCCCCCUUCUCUGAACAGGGAGGAGUCUCAAGGGCUCUGGAUGCUCUUAGGGGAGAGUCUUCUGGUACAUGGACACCAGCAUGCAGCUUCAGCAUGAGAUGCUGCAGGGCCCACCUUCUGCCCGCUGAAAAGCCACAGCGUUCGGCCUGGCCGGGUUGCUCCAUUUUCCAGGCCCUUUUCAGCUCUUUCAUCUCUGCCUCAGUUUUCCUGCCCUUUUCUCCUGCACAGACCCCACCAUCACCACCAACACACACACACACACAGUUCUCAGGGGAGAGGGAAGGGCGGAGAAGAUGAUAGCCAGUCAGCUCCUCCCUACUGGUGGGAUGUGUGAGCCUUGCAAAACUUCUAAUAGCACUUCCCUCUGGAGAGCAGUGGCAGAGCAGAUUCCAAACCACGUUAGAACCAUCAAGUUAAGAAAACAGGAGCAAGGGGGGCUCCAGAGCCGAGGGGAUGCUCUGCUCCUGCAAUUGUGGGAGUUCCCCCCCCCAAUCCAGGCCAGAGAAGAGGGUGACUGUGUCGGCAGGAGGGGGAGGGAGGCAUAUGGAGGGGUUUGGCUGCCAGCUGGAGAGGGCAUAGAAACCAAACCCUGGGCUCUGAGCAAGUCCUUUUGAACAAGCUUCUGAGAUCCAGGCAUCCUUCUCCCUCAGAGACUUUGACUUCUUCCACUCCCUGAGCUACUCUGAAUUUCAAGCCAUGCUGGUAAUUGGCAAUAAAAUGAUUAGGAAGGAAGGAAGAGGAGGAGGGCUGGGCUGGUGGGAGCAAGCAGACUUGUCCCCUUAGCUAAGCAGGGUCCGCCCUGGUUGCAUAUGGGUGGGAGACUAGAAGUGUGAGCAGUGUCAGAUAUUUUGGGAAGAGCUGAAGGGUCCAUGUUCCCUCCCUGGGAGCAUCUCCAAGAUAGGGCUGAGAGAGACUCCUGCCUGCAACCUUGGAGAAGCCGCUGCCAGUCUGUGAAGACAAUACUGAGCUGGAUGGACCAAGGGUCUGACUCAGUAUAGGACAGCUUCCUAUGUUGCUGCGAAACAGGAACAGUGCAAUGGCAGUUUAUUGAGGACUAGAUCCCAACACGUUUCAAGUGAAAAGCCUUCUUCAGGGACGUGGUUUACAGUAUCCAUCUUCUAAGCCAAUUCCCCUGAAGACGAGUUUUCACUCAAAACAUGUUGGGAUCUACUCCUCCAUAAACUGCCAUGGCCCCAUUCCUGUCUCCUUCCUUCCUGCCUGUUGGCGUGGUGCUUUCCCCUCCUGUGUGCUUCUGAUAAAACAAUUAGCCAGUGCCCCCAGCUUUAUUAUCUGCCCCCCCCAAUCCCUGACUGGCUCCACCGCUAGAAUGAAGGGUUAAUGGUUGACCUGGCUCAGUUCACGGAAGAGCAGGACUUCAGAGCCACCCAGGUCCAUCCUAGAUGCUUCGAUUCCCGAGCUGGGAAAUGGGCAACCCCCUCCCAUGAUUAUCAUGAGCACAAUCCAAUGGGGAAUUAUCUUGCAGGAGCUUCGCUGAAAGAGCAGGAGCUGUGCAAGUGCACCGCCAUGAACAGACCACAGGGAAAGCUCAGGCAAAGGGUUGGCUGAGUCCAACAUCCCACUUGGCCAACCACGGCCAGACAAAUGUUCCCAGAAGGCCCCCAGAGCCAGGUGUGAAAGGCGUCCCCACAUCUGCAGGUCACCUGGCUUGUUCCAGGGGGCAGGCCUGCCACACUGCACCCACCCAGCAACCCAUUUUGAGGGGGCUUCUGGUGGCCGCAGAGGGGGUGCCCUGUCAUAUCCAUGGCAAGUUGUUCAGGUGAAAGCUGUGUGGCUUUCUCCAAACCCCAGAUCCUGACCUUGACGUGCUCAAAAACACAUGCAGUGAGUUCGAAAUGAUCCGCAGCCCUGAGAUAAGGCAUCUUUCCAGACCUUCUUGUCCAGACCAAAGUUCAACCCUGACCAGGUAUCCUGAGUCAGGUGGGGAAUCUGGCUGACCUUCUGGGCUGGAUCCGCAGAAUACCUACACAUCUGCUAGAGCCCUUCCUCACCUCCUAUGGGAAGAAGUGACUCCAUGGCAUCAGGCAGUGUCCGCCUCUAGGCGAAGAGGGGCAGUGUGCACCCAUAGCAGCCGUGGUGACUGGAGGCAGCUUGCAGGACUAGCAUGUGGGGUGCUUUGGCACCUCAAGGGCUGCCCCUCCACAGAAUCCAAAAGGCGCACCCUGCAUCCUCCAGGGCUCAUGGGGGGGGCACCUCUUGGGUGGCAGGUGUCUUCACUUCCAGCCCCAAAAUGCUGCUGUCCAACCUGGCCUAGUGGGGCCUUCUCUCCCACUGGUGCUCUGAUGCCAGCUGUGUGGAUGUUGUGAUCAGUUGCUGUGUUCAGUUGUGUGCGUCUCUCUCUCUGCAUGCAUGCACAUCUGUGUGUGUGUGUACAUUCCAUGGUGCAGCUGGUUUGCGUCAUCUUCCUCCUUCAGCUGUGUGUGCAACCCUGUUAACUAUGUACGGUAUAACAGCAACCACAUGUAUAAUUCCCAAACCAAUAAAAAUACGAAUGUACAGGU